AUGACUUUCAUGCUUGCCGCUGGGACCGUGGAAUCGGGAGAUGUUCGCACCAUGGAACAAAGAGUAUGCGUUGAGACCGGAUCCGGCGUCCUUUGUCCUGAGGUCGCUGCAAAGGCUAUUGUACGAGCUGCUCCCUCGAGAUGCAGUCUGUUUCUCCGUCGCAACGAUAUCACAGGUGAUCUUGUCGUUGUUUCGACUUGGAGUGGCAUCAUGUUCGGCUCAGGGAGAAGCAACGCAGCGUCAGCAGACGGAACGGAAUACGACGAUGGUCCACCGCCGUUUUGGACACCAAAGAACCCUGCGGAUGAUGAUGGAUACGAUCCCGACGACAGCAGCGAUGAAUCGUCCCAAGGGAACACGCGCGCACCAGUUGAUAAAUACGCAGAUUUGAAAGCUGAUCUGCAGGAGAAGUUCCGGCAGCUGAAUACUUUUGAACAGCAGUGCAAAAUAUUCAGGGACGGGGACGUGAAGCGUGUGGAACAUUUGCGGCACUACCUCGAUGAUCUGAAGGAUAUGGAAGAAGAAAAAGCAAAGUACUUCAAUCUCGACCGUUUAGUCUCCCUGGAUGCACACGAAGUACUCAAGAUGAUCGCAGCAAUGAAAUCGCGGUGGGAGAAGCUCGACAUCCCGCGGAUCACCAAAGACUUGCGAGCAGCGCUUGAUGAGAUGCGACACCAGCCAUUCGGCAAUGAUCGCAAGAUUCCUUUCGCUGAAAAGGAAAAGACGGUCCAAGAGCUGUUCGACGGGGUCAUGCAGCAGCCGUUCGAGCCCGCAGGCACUGCACUCGACAUACCAAAGGGAUGUAGGUGGUUGCCGGCAAUGAAUCUGAGCAAUGGUAUGGCGGCGGCGGCGCUCUGGUGUCUUGUCGACGAACACGAGCGGAUCCAGUAUAGAGCCGCCAGAAAGGACACGCACUUCAAGUGGUACCAGCUCGUGGACGCUACAUUCUGGGCCGGGGACCCGAAAGACCCUGCUGGUCGUAUACCUUUGGAAUACCAUUGCCAGUCGAAGGUGUGGAGUCGACCUGAAGCACUCAAUGUGGUGGAGGCGCUGAAAUGCGAGGUGGACACCAAGAGACUGGUGUAUCGAUUGUACACGGAAUUCUGCGCAUAUGGCGACGUGGGAGGCAUUGUCAAGCAAGCCCGAAUGAUGCAGCGCCCUCCGCCCAAAGCGUGGAUCUGGAUGGUCUUCUCCAAGCUAGUGGAAUGCGGACUGAUCCUGGAGAAGGGCUCAGUGAGUAGCGAAGGAGUCGAGGGCUGGAGGGAGAUUGUCCAUCGUGAUCUGAAGCCGGAAAAUAUUUUCCUGGAUACCGAGCGAAAAGACUGGCCUCAGUAUCCUCAGCCGAUGCUCGGUGACUUCGGCCUCGCCUUCGAGGCGUACCCUGACGAUGAAUUGAACCCGGAGAUCUAUCAGGGUUCCGGAACAAAGGGUUACAAGGCGCCAGAGCAGGACGUUUACAUGGAUUCCGAAACUGGAGAGCUACUGGACGCUUAUCCUCUUUACGCGCAUACCAACGUUUGGGGAGUGGGCGCGAUCAUUGCCACUCUUGUCUAUGUCCAGGGCGAUGUUUUCCAGCGUGGUGACGAGCAUCAUCGGGAUUCCCCAGAGUUGAUGGGCCUGGUUGGAGCAUGUCUCGAGAACGUCCCGCAGGACCGGCCGACGUUCGCGGAGCUGCAAGAGCACAUUGACGCCUUCAUCGAAAGCGAUGGCGAUCUGCAGCGCUACAUGAAGGCAGCCCGCAGCGGUGUCCAGCCGGACGAUCCCUUCAUUGAUUUGUUUGUAGGCGGAAAGUGCAGAUACCAAGUCGGCAUGGCGUUCGGGCUUGCCAAACGGGGGUUGACGGUUCGUAAUCCAGAUUUAUAG